AGGAUGGAUCAGGCAGGUCUGAGGAGCAGAAGAGGUCAGCACCACUGGUGUCUCAGGAUCGACAUGUAACUCAACAGAGAGGGAGAAAAACCACAGGUUGUUAGGAUGUCCAUCGUAAGCAUCAUUGCCAGGGAGAUCUUGGACUCUCGGGGAAACCCUACAGUUGAGGUGGACCUGAGGACUGAAAAAGGAUUGUUCAGGGCUGCUGUGCCCAGUGGAGCAUCUACCGGCAUUUAUGAAGCUCUAGAACUCCGAGAUGGAGACAAGAGUCGCUUCAAGGGCAAAGGUGUACUCAAAGCUGUUGGCCACAUCAACGACACCCUUGGACCUGCCCUCAUUGAAUCUGGGAUCAGCGUGGUGGAACAGGAGAAACUGGACAACAUGAUGAUUGAGAUGGAUGGCACAGAAAAUAAAUCUCAGUUUGGUGCCAAUGCCAUUCUCGGGGUGUCCCUGGCCAUUUGCAAAGCUGGAGCAGCAGAAAAGGAGAUUCCCCUGUAUCGCCAUAUUGCCGACCUGGCUGGAAACACAGAACUAGUGUUGCCAGUGCCUGCCUUUAAUGUGAUAAAUGGUGGAUCCCAUGCUGGAAAUAAGUUGGCCAUGCAGGAGUUCAUGGUGCUUCCUGUUGGGGCAGAGUCAUUUCGUGAUGCUCUGCGUGUUGGGGCUGAGCUCUACCAGACUCUGAGGGGAGUAAUCAAGGAGAAGUAUGGACAGGAUGCCACUAAUGUGGGUGAUGAAGGAGGCUUUGCCCCAAAUAUCCUAGAGAACAGUGAAGCUCUCGAAUUGGUCAAGACUGCCAUAGACAAGGCAGGUUUCACAGACAAGGUUGUGAUUGGGAUGGACGUCGCUGCCUCUGAGUUCUACCGUGAUGGGAAGUAUGACCUUGACUUCAAAUCACCUCCAGAUCCUGAAAGAAACAUCACCAGUGAGAAACUCCUAGAGAUCUACCAGAGUUUUGUCAAUGACUUUCCAGUGGUAUCUAUUGAGGACCCGUUUGAUCAGGAUGACUGGGCAGCAUGGACUCGGAUGACUGGUUCUGUGGGGAUCCAGAUAGUGGGCGACGACUUAACGGUGACAAACCCAAAGAGGAUAGAGAAAGCAGCAGAGGAACGUGCUUGCAACUGCCUGCUUCUGAAGGUCAACCAAAUCGGCACAGUCACAGAGGCCAUCCAUGCGUGUAAGCUGGCCCAGGCCAAUGGCUGGGGUGUGAUGGUCAGCCAUCGCUCUGGAGAGACAGAGGACACAUUCAUUGCAGAUCUUGUAGUUGGGCUCUGCACUGGACAGAUCAAGACUGGAGCUCCAUGUAGAUCUGAGCGUCUGGCCAAAUACAAUCAGUUGAUGAGGUGA